GGGAUUUCGAGUAGUGCUUUACGUCAAGUUUCUUCCUUUGGUGAAGUUAUUUAGUCCAUCACUUCUUGGCUUUUCAGUUUCGUAGUUUAAAUAAGUCGUUGAUUAUAGAUACGGAGAUAACAAUGGACCAUCUCCUAUGCAUUCUCAAUUGUCAAACUGUUAAUAAUGGACCUAUUACGACGAGACCUUCCCGACCUCCCUAUUUUGGAGUUUUGUGCCAUUUCCUUAAAAUUUUCUAUAACUGCUCCUCCGAAGUUUCUUAAAAAGGGACAAAAUUCCCCACAAGAUAGGGAGAUUGGGUAAUAUGUUAUUGUCGAGUGUAAAUAAAUCUAACACAGCAUAGAAGUCUCAAAUGUCUUCUGAGAGAAAUCGUUUUGACUCAUGAAGUUUGAUAAGUAAUUCCAAACUGAAAUCGAUGUCUUGGUCGAGUAUUAGAUCUUGUUUCGUAUGUAGUAGACAACACAGCCGAAGCAUUCGUCGGUAACGUCUCAGAUUUUUCAUAAGCCGAGUGGCAGUAUUCAGUUUUCUCACAUUUUGCAUUAAGAACAUAACAGAACCGAUGUGAACUGGAGAGGUGUUCUCUAUCACACGAAAAAAACAAGAUCUUAUACUCGAUCAAUAAUUCGAUUUAAAUUUAGGUUUAUCUAUCAGACUUCAUGAUUCGAAACAAAUUGUCGGAAGAAAUUUGAGACUUCUGUGGAUCCACAGAAGUCUAAGACUCAGUGUUAGAUUUAUUUACUCUCGACAAUAGCAUACCAAGGUUCUUCGUAAUAGUUUCAUUAUUAACAUUUUGACAGUUGAGGACGCAGAGAAGGAUAUCUGAAUGAGCUACUUCCCAGGCUUGGGAUCAUUCAUACAAGUGAUUGGACGAAUAAUGUGUUCAGUAUUUAGCUGCUCACCAAAAUUAUACUUAGAAGCCCUAGUUUAAGUUAUAGUAUUAAAUCCCUGGUUUGAGCAUGAAUUAAUGUGUUGUAUUACGCACUAUCACGGGUUUAAUACGAUAUUACAUGAAGACGACCAGUUAAUAAUCGUUCCAGUUUGUGGAACCAAAGCAAAGUUAGCUAAAAAAAUUCCGGAAUUUCCAGCAAACCAUGUACUUCGUAUAGAAGCCAUGGAAUCCGCAGCAAUCUCAUCUUUCUUUAGGUUAUUUGACAAAUAUCAGGCGUUGAGCCGUUCUAGGUAAUAUUCGCCUUCCCUCGGCGACAAUUCGGUAUGUUGGGUUUCAAGAUUAUUAGGAUCCAGGAUAAACCCAACACUGAAUAUGAAAUUUUCUAAGUAUCAAUGAUGCUGUUGCAGUAACAAAAACAGCAAUAGGAAAUGAACAAGCGGUAUAGUAUUAUAUUAUAUAAUUAUAGUCGAUUGAGACAAAUGAUAAAGCACUUGAAAUGUACACUGAUUUAAAUAGCCACCCACCACUUAGAAUUGGUGAUGUAUGUACUUUUGAUAUAGUUACUGGCUAAGCAUUAUUUUCAAAUUGUCUUGCAACUAAAACCAAAAUAUUUAGUUUAUAAGAACUACACUGAUUUCCGAGUUCUCUCUUGAAAGUAGUUAACGUGUGUAUUAAGGUGCUAUUUAAAGAAGACUGCCAUUUUAGUGAUUAUGCAACCUUGUUGAUUCUGGUCUUAAUGACGCAUUACAUCCUGUCUUCUUUGUUCACAUUGAGUUCUAGUGAGUUAAGGUGCGAUAAAUAAUAACGAAAAUUUCCACAUCUUUACCUGCACUUCUAAAAGCACAUUUCGUUUUGCAGAUGACUCAUGCUAUAAAUAUGUCCGCUAAAGUAUGGAUUGUUGUCACCCUAUGGUGAAUGGUAUUCAGUAUGUUGAACCCAAAGGUUUUAACACACGGUUAACACAAAUCUCACACCAACUGCACAUAGAAAAGGUUCGGUAAACCUAUUUGCGUACUGCUUUAUUCACAACGUUACUCAGAUGCGUAUCACUUUAUAUUCGACGCCAUCCCGUUUAUGAAUGUUACUACGCAUCGCACUGCAAAAUAUGUCGAUAAGCAUGAACAUUUGGUGACAGUUUUUGUUGAUACAUAAAUCAACACAUAUAUACAAUUAGACCCCAAAUAGUCACAUCUACUUGUGUAUCGUCGCGAAAGAGAAAAAUACCCGUACUGGCUAGUCAUACGUAAAAUUGAAAGGUCUAAGACACUUGCCAAAUUGGAAAUACCAUUCGCAUAAAGUACAUCCGCUGUACAAACUGAGAGUCAGGAUGAAAAAUACUGAUGUGCAGAAACCAGGUAUUUUGCAUUUAAUCCCAUAUUAGGAUAGUUAAGUCCAAAAAGAAAGUUGAUAAAACUUAAGAAGGCGAAGGUUCUUACUUACUUACGCCUGUUACUGCCAAUGGAGCAUAGGCCGCCGACCAGCAUUCUCCAACCCACUCUGUCCUGGACCUUCCCUUCCAGUUCUAUCAAAUGUUUCUCAUAUCUGUCUCCAUUUUUCAAGAUGAUGUGUUCUUUGUCUUCCUCUUUUCCCUUGGCCUUGAUGAUUCCAGUUAUAAUUUGUCAACAGUGUCAAAUUAAGUACGAACUUCGGAAGUACUCCGUCUUUUAGUCUGAUUAUAUGCAAGAGUGUAUCCUAGAGCCGAUCAAAUCCUAUUCUAUUGAUCCUAACAGUAUCUGUUCUCUGGCGUGUUCUAUCAGUAAUGACAGUAGCAAUACAUAUUUCACAAAAAGGGUCGAUAGUAAAAUCCAGCCUAGGAUAAUUUUAAAGUUGAUUUUAGGUAGUACAUAGGAUAGAAGUAUAAUGCUAAAAAAUGCACACAAUGUUUAUAAUUAAGAAACGUAACCGGUUGGACUGGUCACUCAAUCACUGUCUGAAGAGGUUUUUAGUGAGCUAGUAACCCAACAAAAUCUGGGGAGAAAAAUAUCGGAAAUUUAGGAUUUCUGAGUGGUACGGUUCUAUAACCCAAUGCUACUAAGGCUUAAAUUGUUCUUUUUGGAAUUUUUGUUCACUUAUCCUCGCAGUUUAUAAAACAAAUUUCAUCAUCAAAUGUACCAAAACUACUCAUCACUGGUGUGACUGAAACUUAGUGUGUGAUUGAUAUCACUCCAUCACUUUAAGUUGCACGUACUUAAAAAAUAAUUAGAACAAAUGAUACGAAAGUGAAGUACUCCUAUUAUAUUAAAGAGUUUGCAUUUAUAUCUCUGCUUGUAAGACGCAUGAUGGUGAAACUUAACAGGUUACUAGUUGUGAACCAACCUUUAUUUUUCAUCUAAUGUAUCCUAAUCUACUCAGUUGAUGAUUUCGUUUUAGAACACAUUAAGCUCUGGCGUAAAAGUAACCAGUGCCUAAUAUUGGAGGAUUUCAAUGCACCUGUUAUAAAUUUGAAAGGUUUAUCCCCAAUUGGAUCCAACAGUGUGCUCGAUAGUAGUCUUCUUAUGUCUGCGAUGAGGAAUGCUUUGUUACAGCAAAUAUUUAAACCUAUACGUUUGGGCAUUUGGCUCCUCAUUUUUGCAGCUACUUUGAUGUACGUUUAACCAGCGCUGGGAUGAUGGACACGGUACAGGAUAUGAAAGAAAGUUGCACAAGACUGACACCUAUCGGUCCUUCACGGCUUCCUGGUUAGGGUCCUAAAGACAGAGCAAUUCAGUGGCUUGAGAUGUUAUCAGACAUACUUCAGAAGAAAAUUUAGUAGCGGCCCUGUUGUAUUUUUUUCUACUUUUUCAUAAAAAACAAGAAAAACCUUAACUAUUAGGGUUCUUUCCGGUUGUAUUUUUCUUAACUAAACUGCUCCUCCUAUUAUUCACUACUCACUUAUUUUUAUCCCAUACUUCGUCAUACUCACCUUUCUCUAUCGUCACGGUGUCGUUUUCUUAUUGUGAAGCGUGUAUCUAGGUGCCCAUUAUUCAUGUUUUAAUAAAUAAUUAAAACAGGUGAAUGACAAACACACAUCUCUCAUUACCUAACUCAUAGUUAAAACCGGUUAUAAGACAGGUCUUAACUCAGCAUACCUAGUCUUGCGUAGAAGUUAUCUAAGGCAAAUAAUUGGGUUUGUUAGAGCGUUAGUCAUACGGAAACCUGCCUAUGCUCGAAAGUAAUUUUCAUUUACAUUAAAUGUAUGCUGGUAAUACUAACUUAUCAUUAAAAAUACCGUGAUUCAUAUCGUUUUUCAUUAUUAUCACCUCUGUAUUCCAAUAUGUCUAGUUUAGCAUUUAUUUUUCUGAUGUCUCGACAAGUAAAUAUAUGAUCAGAUUGUUUAAAAUGUAUUGCGUUAAUAUAUCAUGCGGUUAAACGCUGUUUUCUCUUUGCAUUAUCUAAGAAUGUAGUAGUUGAUGAUAAAAUUAGUUUAUAGUGUGAAGUAAUUAUUCUGGAACUAUUAAAUGUGGACUUGGACGGAUUUCAGUUUUUCAUGCCAUUAAUAUUUUUAUUUUUCUCCCUCCCUAUAUAUAUCUGAGAUUGUUGUUUUUCUGAAUGUUUCAGAUUCUCCAACUACCAUUUACUAAAUGUGGAGACAAAAAUUGCUUCUCAGUGUUAGGUUAUGUAGCAAUCUUUGUAUGAACAAAGAAGUGUCUGAAAUUUCACGCCAUCGUGAUUGUUUACAGUUAUGGAACGAAAUUAAAGAACAACAAGUUAACCUUUACUUGUCACCACGUGUUGAGAAAGUCAUAGUUACAUAUCGUGGAUUUUUAGGGGAAUCAACUUUGGAAAUGACUAAAGGUAUAUCAACACCUCUAGAUUGUGCAAAGCAUUUGUCUGAGAUCUUGGUCAAAGAAAGUGUUAUUGCUAUGGUUAACAAUAAUCCAUGGGAUAUGAAUCGGCCACUGUCAUGUGAUUGCUCACUUGAUUUUGUGCAAUUCAAGGGUCCUCAUUAUGAUCCGACAGCUGCAAAUAACGCAUUUUGGCAAUCAUGUACACUCCUUCUAGCCGCCACUUUAGAAACAGCUUUUCAUCAAAAACAUAAUGUUCGUGUAAUCAAUCUCCCUUUACUUAACCCAAAAAGUGGUGGAUUCGUAUGUGAUAUUUCAUUUAAUCCUGGACAUCAAUCUUUAGAGAAUUGGACGCCUUCACCUCAAGAAUUAUAUGCAUUAAAUACACAUAUUCAACGGAUGGCUGCGGACGACUUAAGUUUUGAACCUUUAGAUGUAUCAAUUCACAGUGAACUACUUCAGAAGUUAUUUGCUGACAAUCCAUUAAGAUCACAACAGAUUAGUCAUGUAUUCAACGAACAUCAAGACAGUAGUAAUGCACUACAACUUGACUUAUCUUCAAACAAGGAUAGAUUUACAGAAAGGUCCACCCUACCUGUAUACCGAGUGGGAAAAUUUGUUGAGUGUUUCACUAAUGGCCCAUUAAUCCGAUCAACUGGCCUUAUUGGAAAAAUAUCCAUCAGUUCAUUUUCCCGAAUAGGUCAUCUUCGAGGAUCUUCAAGUAACGUUGUCUAUCGUGUCCAAGGUGUGGCUAUUCCAUCUGCAUUCCUUACACAUUUCACGACAUUCCAUCGUCUUAUGGAAUGGUCUAAAUUACCGAACUCAGAAGUCGACAUUUAUCCAGAUUACGUGGAACCUUUACCAUGA